AUUAAAGGUUUUUCUUUUGACAUUAUUUCCAUCCUACAUCCUUAUCAUCAGUGUGUGUAGCUGUGUAGAUGAGAAGUUAGAUGAGAAUGAAUGUUUAUUAAAUCUAACAUCAUUUUAUUAAUAAACAAUGACUGCCUUUUUCAGUGGAAUUCAAUUUAUUACUAAUAAUAACAAUUCUAAUAACAAAACAACACAAAAGCUAUGGCAGCAACAGUGGACGAAAAAUAUGUUAAAAAAAUAAAUUACUAUGCCAUUCAAAAACUUUAAAAACAAUGAAAAUAAUGGCAAACAUCUGUAAAAUAAUUAUAUUUUAUCUCAUGUAAAUGCAGCGUAAUUUUGUGGUUACACGUUACUAUUUGUAAAAACACAGAUUUUUGAUGUUAACAAUGUGUAAAAUUUUGGCCAUUUUUUUCACAGUUAACAUGCGAAUUAAUAGUUUUGUUUUGUUAUUUUUUUGUCAGAUAUUGACUGUAAUUAAAUAAAAUAGGAAAAAUCUAUGAAGUAACAGUUUAAAGCAGAUUUACCAUUUUCAGCCCUUAAUAUGCAUAACUUCAUUUUUCAAGUCACAGCAAGUAUCUGUAAAAUUAUUUGAUUGUUAAUAUCUUCUGUUGAUUUAAACUGUAUAUAAUUAUACAGUCAGAUAUCGCAAAAGAACAAAUCACCAUUUAUAAAAGUACUUUUAAAAGGUACAUGAUUGAUAUAUAUUUUUUGGCCUGAUAGGAUGUAAUUGAAGACUUUUGUCUUGUCUGUAAUUUAACAGAUUUAACAUUUGUAACAUGUCGAACAGCAUUCUAGUUUUUGUGUAUGCAAAUACACACGGAAUGACAAUAAGCAAGCCUGAACAAUAACAGUCAGUAAUUUAAAAAUACUGUUAAAACCUGUUUUAUAAAAUAUUUUACAGUGUUUUGAAGUAUUUGGAUAAUACUCAAUAACAGGAAUUUGAACAUUAACACAAUAUAUAUGGCAUUAUAUGUAGACAUGUGAGAGAUUGUGUGUGUGAUUGUUUGCCCAGGUUAUUUACUGUCCCUCAGGCUGUGGCAGGUUGACACAUAUUUGGCAGUUACAUAUUAAAAAAAUAUAAAUAUAUAAUGGAUCUGGAUAUAGAUUAGACUAUUUGUAUAUGAUGGAUAUAAAAAUGCUUCUUCUUUGGCAAGUGUUUUUCUUUUUCAGAGUUUGUUACAGUGUUUUAAACCUGAAAUCAGAGAGUUAUUACAGUAAAUGUUCCUUAUUUCAUUGAAUGUUUAAAUUGAAGAAGGCGCUCUGUAGCACCUCAUAUUCUUCCUUUAUUUUUUUGAUUGCUAUGAUUUUUUUUAGAUGUUCUCUUCCAAAACCAGAAAAUGCACUUUAAAAUUCUAUUACAUUUUUAUCUCCUUGAUUUGUUUCUAUCAUAGAUUUCUGGUGAAAUUUCAAUGAAUAAUGAAUCUUAACACUGAGGAAAUUGGGGUUAAUUAAAUUAUGGAAAUUAUAUGUAAUCAAAACCAUAUAUUGUUAAUAAUGUGUUCUUUAAUCAUAUAUUAUAAAAAAUUUGCAGAGAAAUAAAAUAAAAUAAAAUGUUGAUACUAAAACGACAACAUUUUCCAUAAAAGUCAAAGCAGACAGGUGUUCUACAGGUUACGUGUUUGUUAGUUCUGUGUUUUGGAUUCGGCAUUUUCCGGCAACACUUCCGGUUUCGUCUGUCCAACCGGGUGACGGCAACGUUGGUCACGUGAUCUGAGCUCAGCGGUCAUGUGACCAGCCGUGAGCACCACUUUGCUUCCAUGCUUCUUCCUGCUGCAGCUGCCUGACUUCAUGCCUGCUUGGAGGCAGUUUGACCUUCGGAGAGCUUUUAAUAAAACCCGUGAGAGAUGAACAGUGAAAACUUGACCCUGAGUGAGAAAAUAGUGUCUCCGUCGUACAUUCGACAGGGUUCUCAGGCACGUCGUACCCAUGAGCAGCUCAUCAGACACCUACUGGAGCAGGGUAAGUGUCCAGAGGAAGGAUGGAGCGAAAGCACCAUCGAGCUCUUUCUGAACGAGCUGGCUGUGAUGGACAGCAAUAACUUCCUCGGCAACUGUGGUGUCGGCGAGAGGGAAGGCCGGGUGGCGUCCAGCCUUGUGGCAAGACGACAUUACAGGUUGAUCCAUGGCAUCGGUAGGUCAGGUGACAUCGCUGCCAUUCAGCCUAAAGCUGCAGGAUCCAGUCUCCUCAACAAACUGACCAACUCAGUUGUGCUGGACAUCUUGAGACUUGCAGGCGUCCGGAGUGUGGCGAGCUGCUUUGUGGUUCCCAUGGCGACAGGAAUGAGCUUGACUCUGUGCUUCCUGACCCUCCGUCAUCGGAGACCCAAGGCUCGCUACAUCAUUUGGCCUCGCAUCGACCAGAAGUCCUGUUUCAAAUCUAUGAUCACAGCAGGCUUUGAACCAGUAGUUGUGGAGAACGUUCUCGAGGGCGAUGAGUUGCGGACGGACUUGGAAGCAGUUGAACGCAAGAUCGAGGAGCUCGGAGCCGAGAACAUCCUGUGUGUUCAUUCAACUACAUCCUGCUUUGCCCCGCGGGUCCCUGACAGGCUCGAGGAGCUGGCUGCUGUGUGUGCCAAACACAACAUUCCCCACAUCGUCAACAACGCAUACGGAGUACAGUCGUCCAAAUGCAUGCACCUCAUACAGCAGGGGGCUCGUGUGGGAAGAAUUGACGCCUUUGUACAGAGCUUGGACAAGAACUUUAUGGUUCCAGUAGGUGGUGCCAUAAUUGCAGGUUUUGAUGAGUCCUUCAUACAGGAGAUAAGCAAGAUGUACCCCGGGCGAGCGUCGGCUUCACCCUCCCUUGACGUCCUCAUUACCCUUCUCACUCUGGGUGCCAACGGCUAUAAGAAAUACCUGUCAGAAAGAAAGGAGAUUUAUUCGUUUCUGGCUCAGGAGCUGAAGAGUCUGGCUUCUGCACACGGCGAGAGAUUGCUUCACACCCCACAUAACCCCAUUUCGCUGGCCAUGUCUCUGGAUGGUCUCCAGGCCGAGAGCGACAAGGCGGUGACUCAGCUCGGCUCCAUGUUGUUCACCCGACAAGUGUCAGGAGCCAGGGUAAUUCCACUGGGCAAAGAGCAGACCAUAAGCGGACACACAUUCCGCGGGUUUAUGUCUCACUCGGAGUCGUACCCGUGUCCUUACCUCAAUGCUGCCUCGGCUGUUGGUAUCACUCGAGAAGACGUGACACUGUGCAUGAAGAGGCUUGACAAAUGCCUGAAGGCUCUGAAGAAAGAGGGAAAUGCAGUGAAAAAUGGUUCCCCAUUGAACCAGGAAGUCGCAACUGGAGAAUGACUGAGCUGAAAUAGGAAAAGUUGGACCGUCUGCUGCUGGUACUUGCUUCUCUCCUGAUUUGGACUGUGUGUACGCACUCUGGAAGACGCUUUCUGACGGAUUACCAGUCCAGACAUUGUAAUAAGGUCAAUGCCUGGUGACAGCUGGCAAUGGAGCUGUGUGCAGAUGUUCAUUACAAAUGAAAAUGACACAAGCUGAUGUCACUGAUUAAUUCCCUCCUCUGUGAAGGUGUGCUAAUUAGUAAAUAUUAUGAGGACAAAACCUGCAUGCAAAUCCUGCUUAGGAGCAUAUGCUCAGAAACCACUGAUUUAAAGUUAGUGUCCACAGAGGCUGUUGAUGCAUUAUUGCCUAUCUAUGUUUAAAAAAAAAAAGCUUUACUUGAUUGUAUUCCAAAUAGAUUACUGAGAAAUUGUCUUUUUUUUAAAAAUUAAAGCCUUUUGAUCUCUCAGAAGUUCCGUCAAUGGAUGAAAUAUGGUGGAAAUGAGCCAAUUUUUGAGUUUGAAAACUGAUUGUUCUCUUUUUGUAGCUCUUACUGAAAGUGCAUUCUAUUUUUGGAAUACAUUAGGCUUUUCCAUUCAUUGAUAGAUGAAAUAAUAUAGCUUGUUAAUGUAGUAUGUUGUGCCUCGUCUCCUGCAGUGUGUUGUAAUACGAUCCAAAUGCUGCUGUGCCAUUAACUCUGUCUGAACCCUGUAGAUUGUAUUAGCUCCUUUUAUUUUCAGGCUCUGGAGCAGAUCACAAGGAACAGAUAAUCAAUGAAGUACACCGAACAUACAUCACAUCUGUUUUUAGUGAAGGAGAUGUUCACCAUGAGUCUGGAUGCGACAUUAGCCAGUUAAGACCUCUAGUUUUUCUGUCAUGCUUCUAAAACUGACUUUUAAUCACACAAGUCUUCACUCAUGUUUGCACAUUUCAGCAGAUUUUUCCAUUUUUUUUUCUUAUUCCCUCUGCUCUACUGUCUCAGUCAUUAUUAAACAGAGCAGGUAGGACCCUGAGGCACUAUAUAGACUCCUCCCAAGGCCUCUCUUACUGAUGACUAAUCUAUAUUUCCAUAAUGCACUGUCCAUGUUCUUCCUGCGCUGUCCCCUUCAUCUUCUGUGAAUUAUCAAGCUUGAUGGUGCGUCUUCACAAGUUCAAACCCCUCACACAUGCCUCAAAACAGAAAGCAAGCACCAGCUGUCAUAGUUUCUGCAGGAGCCCAGGUGUGCAGUGAUAUAAUGUAUGCAGUCAGCACAUGUUGUUGGGUUUUUCAGCUGCAAUUAGUAAUGCAGGUCAGCGUGCAUGUCUUGCAGAAAGCAACAGCAGAACCAAUCCACCCAGCAGCCUUUGAAAAUGGGCCGGACUCGCAUAGAUAAGGCUGCUGUAUCAGCACACUUUCACUGUUCCCAAGCUGUACUGAACCAUUAACAAAACAUAGUGGAAAAACACCGUGCGGUGUGACGGCGCCGCUACAAUGCAGCACUGGCUUCCACAAAAGAGCUAUUUCAUGAACGCUGGUUUCCUUUGCAGGCCCCAAAAGUCGCACCUCAUCAGCCAGAUUUAGGAAAUGAUCGAAUGCGGGUGGUUUUAAUGACUGCUUUUGAAUGCGGUACAGAGUGUUUGAUUUAUGUACUGAAGUAGCUGCCUUUAAAUAUGCACAACUAGUGAAGAAAUGCUGCCUUCAUUUCCAUGAGACUGAAAACACA